UGUUGCCCUUGGGGCUGUGACAAAACUUGCCCCUGUGUGGAGUGGUGGGGAACAGUGGCCUUGGGAGUUGCUCUGUGGGAUGGUGGAGAGGCAGAGCUGGAGCUUAAGAGGUUGGAGGUGCCAGGAAUGCAAAGGCCCCUAGAGGCAUCAGGGAGGAGAGGACAGAACACACAGAGGGCCUCCUUCUCUUUCAGCUUUUUAAUUGCCCUCUCUCCUCACAUAGACUAUUGUCUCUCCUAUGAACUGGUCAAGAGGUGGUGGCAUGGGCAUGGCCUGGCUACACAGUGGCCCAACCUCUCUGUACUCUGAUGUUUGUGUGAUUAGGGAGUCUGCCCUUGUCCUCUCCUGGGAUCUGAGCAUCUGGGAGCAGGGCAGAUGGGAGAUCGGAGGUCAAGGGUUGGAUCAUGGCCCCCUGACAUGCUGGGGAGCAAUAAGCUUCCUCCUCCCCCUACCAUU